GUGAUUUAGCUAUUAUAUAUUUGCAUCCCCAAAAUAAUUUUGCAAUCAAAAUUGUUAAUAUGGCGACCGACAAUGAUGUCCGCAAGUCCCAACGUGCUACGAUCAUGGCCAUCGGCACCGCCACUCCGACCAACCGUGUGGAUCAGAGCACUUAACCCGGAUUUCUAUUUCCGGAUUACCAACAGCGAGCACAAGACUGAGCUUAAAGACAAAUUCAAGCGCAUUUGUGAGAAAUCUAUGAUUAAUAAGCGUCAUUUGUUGCUGACGGAAGACAUACUCAAAAAGAAUCCAAAUAUUUGUUCAUACAAGGCUCCUUCACUAGAUGCCAGGAUGGAUAUUGUGGUGGUAGAGGUGCCAAAGAUGGCUAAAGAAGCAGCCGUCAAAGCUAUUGAGGAAUGGAGCCAGCCUAAGUCGAAGAUCACUCACCUCGUCUUUUGCACCUCUGCUGGUGGCACUGCACUCCGCAUAGCAAAGGACAUAGCAGAGAACAACCAGGGUGCUCGUGUCCUUGUUGUCUGCUGCGAGAGUACUAUCCUCACGUUUCAUGGACCUGUCGAGUCCUACCUUGACAAUCUCGUGGGUCAGGCAUUGUUUAGCGAUGGUGCAGCCGCUGCUAUUGUUGGUUCAGACCCAGUACCUGGAAUUGAAAGGCCGUUGUUUGAAUUAGUUUCCGCAAGCCAAACUAUCAUACCAAACAGCGAAGGAGCUAUAGGCGGACCGGCAGUCGUGGACCAAGUGGAGGCCAAGUUGGGUCUGAAACCCGAAAAGUUACAUGCUUCAAGGCAUGUCCUAGCUGAGUAUGGCAACAUGAUUGGUGCAUGUGUGUUAUUCAUUUUGGAUGAGAUGAGAAAGAAGUCAGCUGAAGAAGGGCUUAGGACCACAGGUGAAGGGUUGGACUGGGGCGUGCUCUUAGGGUUCGGGGCCGGUCUCACAAUCGAGACUGUAGUCCUCCAUAGUGUGUCUACUUGAAAGACACUGGUAUGCAUGACAAACUUGCGUGUCCCUUGACCUUGGGCAUGAUAUUUGUUUGGUCUAAAUAAUAGUGUACUAAUAAUGUGUGAAACAUUCAAUAAUUAAGAAUUUAAACUUUU